CCUGGUUCAUAGGGCAACAAGCAGCAGCGUACAGCCGCCGAGGACAUCAAUGGUGGAGUACGCGUCCAUUCAGGGAAAGGUCUGAGAGAGACCAUUACUGGGGCUUACAUGGAGAGCUGAAAUUGAAUAUGAGGCUAACGUCCUUAAUGAUGUACAUAUCUCCGGUUUUGCUAUUUAUUUUGUAUGUAUAUAUUGGAUUUUCUGAAGCUGCACCUCGCAUCGGUUCCUAUGAUGCGUCGCCUAUCUCCAGGAAGCCCGGCUCUGCCUCCAGCACCUUGGAGACCUUUCACACCGCCUUGCCUAGUCGUGUACCGGACAGCAGGUUCGCCCUCGGGCCUCUGACGGGACUCACACCGUCGCCUACCAUUGUCUCUGCCGGUCCGUUCAGCGACACUGGCCCAGGCUCCCAAGUCGCAACCACCUUCCAGCCUCCAACAACGGACCCUACCACCACUACUACUGCUACUACUACUGCAACUACUACUACCGCCCCGGGCACAGAAAUCCUUUAUAAAGAGCAAAUAGCAGCGCCGAUCCCCAGACUAACAGGUGCAAGAAAAAGAUCCACUGAUGCACAAACAGCAGUUUUGGCUCCGGAGAAAAUGCUGCAGACCAUGGUGUCUAUGGUCUCACAGCGAACAGCAAACGAUGCGUGGUCUGCGGAUAAUACUGGCACAUCAAUUACCUCAGCCGAGAAUAGUCAAGAGGCCCUGUGUAACUGCAGCAGCGGCGGUGAGGGGAUUCUGGACCCGGACGAGUGUGACCAGAGCAGCGGCCAGUGCUCGUGUCUGUCCGGCUACACGGGCCUGCAGUGUGACGAGUGCGAGGACGGCUACUUCACCAACGGCACCAGCGGCUGCCUGCCUUGUAGCUGUGACUCAUUCGGCGCCGUGAACCACCUCUGCGACAGCUCAGGGAUGUGUGUGUGCAAGACCGGAGUGUAUGGACCCAAGUGUGAUGAAUGCCACCCGGGUUUCUUCCGCUUCAGCAGUACUGGUUGCCAGCCAUGCCAGUGUCACAACCACACCAACUACUGCCACCCACAGUCUGGUGUGUGUCUGAACUGUGUGGACAACACCCAAGGAGCCAACUGUGAGGAGUGCAAGCCUGGUUUCUACCGCAGCCCUGCUGCUGCCCUGACCGAGGCUUGUGCACCGUGUCCCUGCUCCAACUCCACCUCCACUGGCAGCUGUCACACCGAUCCUGGUGGCUCCCCAGUGUGUGACCAGUGCCUUCCCCACCACAGAGGUCCAGAGUGUGACCAGUGUGCCGCUGGUUUUUUCAAAGCGUCCGGGCUUUGUGUUCCGUGUGACUGCAAUGGAAACGCAGACCCUCAGGGGCCCGAACAGCUGUGCCACGCUGACACCGGCCACUGCCUGCGCUGCAUCAACAACACCACGGGGCCGCAGUGCCAGCUCUGUGCUCCUGGCUUCACCGGGGACGCCCAAGCACACAACUGCACCCGUCCAGCACCCCGGCUCAUUGCCACACCAGCCGUUGAAACCACAACAGAGGCCCCCAGAUCCAGCACCUCUGCCCCCUCUAGCCACCCCACCAGCUCAAGCCCCACCUCCAGCACGGCCGACGGUGGCCUGGCCUCAACAACCAGCAGCAACACAAGUGCGGCGCCCAGGGCCGGCACCACCCAGACCCUGCUGACUAGCCUGAGCAGCCCAACGGACAACACCACAGCAGCACUGACUGAAGUGUCCUGGACCCAGUUCAACAUCAUCAUCCUGGCCGUCAUCAUCCUGGUGGUGCUGCUGCUGCUGGGCUUUGUCGGAGGGGUGUACACCUACAGGGAGUACCAGAACCGCAAGCUCAACGCCCCCUUCUGGACCAUCGAGCUGAAAGAGGACAACAUCAGCUUCAGCAGCUACCACGACAGCAUCCCCAACGCCGACGUGUCCGGCCUGCUGGAGGACGAGGCCAAUGAGGUGGCGCCUAACGGCCAGCUGGCCCUCACCACACAGGGCAACUGCUACAAGGCUUAGCGGUCUGUCUUGUCCACAUGUGGACCGGACGCCUCAAUACAGACAACACAAAGCUGCUGGAUAGUACCGAAAUCCCAAAGCUCCUUUCAUGUAGAACUCUGCUUUCUCUACCCAGCACUCAACAGGCAACAGGACAGUGACACCAAGCAGAUGUGAUCAAAGACAGGGGGGAAACAGAGGCAAAGUAUCCCUCUUGAUGUGUUUCCCCCUUUCCAAUAUGAUUGGUGGGGAAGAUCAGUGACAAGGGUCCAAAGAGAAUAUGAUGUUUUGUUUCAGUUGUGCCUAUAGAGGGCACUGUUGCAGAUUUGUAAGGUAAUUGGCAGGUACUCAAGACGCAGUAGAUCGAUCCUCACACAGUUCACAGAUUUAGCAGGAGCCUAGCAUUUCAAACAAUUUUUAAAACGGACUAACAGACUGUUUAAGUUAUAACUCGAUCGCUGGACCGGUGAUCUUUAAUGGAGACAAUGAUUGUUAUUUAAUUAAUUUUUAUUCCGUUCUUAUUUAUUGGUUGAUUCCUCGGGAGAAAUGCUGCACAUGUAUGACGUGUUUUUCAUGGUGUUUUAUCUUAACGUGCUAUUGAAUGGUAUUUGAAUCGGCUGGUAUGUUUUCAUGUAUAGGUUUUUUUUUUAUGGUUUUUGUUUUUGUGAGAGUACUAAGGGGGAAGAUGAAAGCUGCUGACACAAGCAAUUAAUGACCUCGUCUUUUGUUUAUAGCUUUCUAUCCUUUAUGAAAAAGUCGCCAGGUCACCUAGAGUAUUAAAGAGGAGUGUUUCUUUUAAAGACAUGACAAAUCCAGCUCAACUCUUACCACUUGGCACAGCUGCAGGGCAGUGACGCAUACGCUUACGCAGAUUGCCACACUAUACUUGUAAUUCAGUCUAAUCUGCUCUUUGCUGCCUACCUCAGCAGAUGUCAUUGAAAAAUACUGUCAAAAAACGUAGUCCCAUAUCUAUGUAUUGGUUGGUUUUCAUGACUCAGCCUGGCAUGAUUAAUGCAGGUAGAAUGAAACCAGCCUGUACAUGGUGAAAUUAGUCUGUCGGUCAGUAUCGUCACUCGCAAGCUCAUUGCACCAGGCUAAAGGUGAGUUUGUGUAAAACUGAUGCGCUUCAUUCCUAAGCCUGGACAUUGGUUCAGUCUAGUUUCCUUUUCUUUUUUUAAUGUUGCUUAGACUAUUGGACAUUGGUUGGCUCCAUUUCUUUUUACCAUGAUAAAUGAGUUCAUUAUGAAACUAACUCCUCAGGUACUGGCUCUUUCCCCAAUGUGAUCAUUGUAAAUAUCUUGUACAGAUGAAUGUGAAUAGUAGCAUUAUUAUUGUACAGGUAGAAUACUGUGUGUACACUGUCACUCAACAGAACUCCCAACCUUUCACUCCUGAGGGUCUAACAUUGCAGUCAGCCCUUAACAUUUCUCUCUCUCUCUCUCUCUCUCUCUCUGUCUCUCUCUCUCUCUCUCUCACUCUCACUCACUCACUUCUCUCUCUCUCUCUCUCUCUCUCUCUCUCUCUCUCUCUCUCUCUCUCUCUCUCUCAGUGAACUUUUUUUUCCAUAUAAUCAGCUGCAGGACAAAUGCACCACUGAACUGUUGCGCUCAAGACAAGAGAAUAAAAUGGUGUAAAUAAUAUUACAAACUCUGAGCUCAACUGUCAAAUAAAAUUGGGUUGAACUGUUAA